AUGACUGCUCAAGUAACACUGGAGGAUGCCUUGUCCAAUGUGGACCUCUUGGAAGAAUUACCAUUGCCAGAUCAGCAACCGUGUAUUGAACCCCCGCCAUCAUCUCUGCUUUACCAGCCAAACUUCAACACUAAUUUUGAAGACAGAAAUGCAUUUGUCACUGGCAUUGCAAGAUACAUUGAGCAAGCUACAGUCCAUUCAAGCAUGAAUGAAAUGCUAGAAGAGGGUCAGGAAUAUGCAGUCAUGUUAUACACAUGGAGAAGCUGCUCAAGAGCCAUACCUCAGGUCAAGUGCAAUGAGCAGCCUAACAGAGUAGAAAUUUAUGAGAAAACUGUGGAAGUUCUGGAGCCAGAAGUCACAAAACUGAUGAAUUUUAUGUAUUUUCAGAGAAAUGCAAUUGAACGAUUCUGUGGGGAGGUGAGACGCUUGUGCCACGCGGAAAGGAGGAAAGACUUUGUGUCUGAAGCUUAUCUGAUCACGCUGGGCAAAUUCAUCAACAUGUUUGCGGUACUGGAUGAGCUGAAAAAUAUGAAGUGUAGCGUGAAGAAUGACCAUUCAGCCUACAAGCGGUAA